ACUGCUUUACAGGCCGCGCUGCCCAUCGGAGAGCCGGAAGAAACGGCGGCGCGCAUGGAGGCGCAGCCGCCGGAGACGGACGCGCAUCCUUCUUCCUCGGCGUCGGUGGCUGCUGCGUCCUCGUCCUCAUCGCCUACAUAAUACCCCCAACCCCUACCUCGUCAUGGAGAGUGCUGUCAUGCAAAUCAGGGCGAAGAGAACAUGCUAUGCCUCUGCCUCAUCUGUGACACGCGGAUGGGCCGAGCUCCCAGACGACUUGCUCCGACCCAUCGUCGCUCUCCUCAGCUCGUUCCGCGACCUCCUCGCCUUUGGUUCCACCUGUCUUCCUUGGCGUGAUUUCUCAGCGCACACGUCCUCUUUGUACCCUCUCCUCCUCCACCCGAGCACCGACAGCCAACGGUAUCCCUGGUACGACUAUGACUACUGGACCCUUUUCCACGAAUGCACGUGGAGAUUGUCUGAUCCUGCUGCCGCCUCAUCCUAUCCCAGUUUGCUUCCCUUGAGUGACCUCAGAGGCAUGUUCUUUCUGCGCUGCUCCUACGGUCACCUCAUCUUCUUCGACAACAAGGGGUUCUACAUUAUUGAUGCGUUCAGUGGCACUAAGGUUGUGACUCCUUGCCUCAAGUCAGACAACUUCGUUCACAUUAGCUAUGCCACCUUGACUGCCCCUGUUGCAUCCGCUGACUCGCAUCUCCUUGUCGGCAGCGGAGGCUAUCUGUUUCAGUGGCGCGUCGGGAGCGACUCUUGGUUGGAACACUAUCCUAAAGUUCCUUUUCUUAGGAUUGAACAAAUCGUGGCCUUCAAGGGCAAAACAUACACCCUGGGGUCUUUUGGGUCCUUCUGCAUCGUACAAUUUUCGCCCUGUCUCUUAGUUCAUAAGUUUGAAAUUAUGUUUGAGGAAGGUAGAACUGAAGAUCGCUAUUGGACAAAUCAAAAAACAUGGCUUGUGGUGUGCGACGUGCUUCUCUUAAUCAAACUUGAGGCAGUAAAAAUGACAAGCUCUGAGGUUUUCCAGUUCAAGGCCUUCAAGCUCAAGUCAUUGGACGCCAAGAACAAGAAGGCAAGGUGGGAGAAGGUGGACAGGUUGAAUAACUGGGCCAUCUUUGUCAGCGCCGACGGGCGAUGCGAGGCGUUGUCGUUCAUGAACCCGGAGAGAUGGGGAGGGAGGAGCAACCUUAUAUACUUCCCAAGUUAUGAGAAAGAACAACCUUGGGCUGCAGUGCAACUAUGGCAAAGAGCUAACAACCAUUCGACAAGUUCGUGGCUCUCGAAACUGGAAGCCAGUACCACAGAUUGGUGCCAACCUGGGUCCUCCCCGCUGCAUUUCGUCGCUCCGGUCAGCAAUGAUCUUACGGCCAUCGCAGAGCCCCACUGUCGCAAGAAUGGACAAGGAAAAGGGGAAGGAGAGGAGAAGGAGAAUGAGAAAGAGAGGAGUUUGGUCUCCAUUAUGAAGACUAAGCCGCCUGCCCCAGGAAGCAGAAGGGGAAGGGCAAGGGCUGUGUCGCUGCCAAGGAAGCAGGCCAAGGAUUACGGCAAUGUCCCGCUCGCCGAGUUGUUAUUACGGGUAAAAAAAAACUCCACCGCCUUGACGUCUCGCUGACCCCGCCGACGCCAGCGGGCGUGCCAUGAUCGCCCCUGCCAACAGCUUCGCAAACGACUCCGAGAGGGAGACUGCAUCUUCACCGGCAAUGGAGCAUGAUAAGCAAGCAGAGAAGGAUUAUGAAGAGGAGGAAGAGAAUGAGGAGGAAGAGGAUGAGUAAGAUACUCUGUUUGAGAAGGAAGAUUCUCAUUUUGAUGUCAAAGCACUAAGUGUUAUGCUAUGCAAAAUUGCAUUGUUUGGCUGUCAACGUUCAAUAUUUUUGCCGUAUAAAGUUUAAAGGAGAAGCUGUCCAAAAUUCAGAAGCAAUGAUGCCCAAUUCUUUCUUAGUCAUAUUUGUUCAAUUUCUACACUUUCCAUAGAAGAAAGCUUAUUUUUCAUCACUAUGAUCAUUUUUUAAACCAUAGACUGCUAGAUGUUGCAUUUUUAGCAAUAGAAAGUGCUUCUUUUACAAAUUAUGGGUUUAAUUGAUGUAGAAGAUCAAAAAUGGUAUGUAAAAACAGGUUCUGCUA